AUGAGUAAUAGCUAUCGACCACCGGAAAAUUGGCAGUCCGGACAGGAUUACUGGAUUUAUCUUCCGACUAAUCUACCGGAUUUCAUCCCAGCCGGAAGACCACCGAAUGAUAGAGGACACACAAGUGAUCCAUGGUGGUUAUUUGAGGAGAGGUCGUCCAGAGGCAAUAAUUAUGGGCUAGCCAGCGUGCCAUCUGCAGCACCCCCUCGAGCUCCGGUCCCACUACUCCUAAUCGAAGGAGCUCUGAAUCCUGUGGCCCGCUCUCCUCCGGCUUACUACGUGCCUUCGUACAACCGAGCAUCUACGGACGAUGAAGAAUCGAGGCUGAGCCCCGAGGAACAGAAGCACGCGCUCAACAAGUUGAGAAAGCAACUCUACAGCCCACACAUAAACAGCAUUAUCAAGAGGCUGGGGACCAAGUUCGGGGGGCCCGCUCAGGAAGAGGACGACGGUACGAAAAGGUGCGCGGUUUGUUUGGACGAUUUCGAUAGCAAGCAGUUUGUGACGAUCACGCCUUGCAACCACAUGUUUCACGAGGAUUGUAUCGUGCCGUGGGUCAAGAUUCAGGGAAAAUGCCCUGUUUGCCGAUUUGUUAUAUUUUGA